GUUAAGAGACCAAGUAGCUAGCAUUCAGAAAGUUGAAUUAAAUUUCACAUCGUUGAAAAUACUAUAAUUUUGCAGUUCUUUCAAUACUGCAAAUAAAGAGUGAACAAGGAGGUGCUAAAUUAACUUGCUAACGUCAUCUUGUUUAUAUUUGAUAUUGCUGCUCUGUUAGUGACAAAUUUACGUCUGAAAACACCAUCAUUCUAGUCCGAAAUGACGACAGCGGCGCGCCCCACAUUCGAGCCCGCCAAGGGAGGGUCGGGGCGAGGAGAGCGCGACCUGAGCGCCCUAAGCAAGCAGUACUCAUCACGCGACCUGCCUGCGCACACGCGCCUCAAGUACCGCGAGGCGGGCCAGACCACCGCUGAGGAGGUGCGUGGACGCGACCUGCGCCGCGAGCUGGAGGACAGAGAGCGCGCUGCUCAGGCAGAGAAGCGCGGCAACGCGCGGUCAAGGAACGAAGUCACGUCCAGCAGUGGUGGCACGUCCAGCUCGUCUGGCGCUAGUAAAAAACCCAGACUCGAUCAAAUCGCCCCUGCUAACCUUGACGCGGAUGAUCCGCAAGACUCUGAUUCCGAUGAUGAUUCUGAUUCUGAUGAUGAAAUGGCUCUCAUGGCGGAGCUUGAACAAAUCCGGAAAGAACGCAUUGAAGAGGAAACUAAACAGCAACAAAUUCGCCAUCAAAACCAAGAACGCAUCCGCAUGGAGAACAUCAUCAGCGGUAACCCUUUGCUUCACUUCAAUCCCACCAAAUCUGACAUGAAGAUCAAAAGAAGAUGGGAUGAUGACGUCGUCUUCAAGAAUUGUGCUGCUUCUGAGCCUGACAGUUCACAGAAAUCUUACAUAAACGAUUCCUUGAGAUCAGAAUUUCAUAAAAGAUUCAUGGAAAAAUAUGUAAAGUAAACGAGUGUCAUUUUCUAUGUAUGGUAGAUGUAAGAGUCUCGUACAACUUACUGUUAUUUUCUAACUUCUCCCUGAUUUAAGAUUUAUUGGACGUAUUAACGUCUGUCGAUAUCACAACUCAUUCGCGCUCGUAAGUAAAGCUUCUCAGUGCUAUCUAGUGAUUUG